GACAACCACAGUUUCAGCCAGGAAGAUAUUUGAUCUGAACGCCCGGUAGCGAACCAGGGAACCCUUUCAACGGGAAAUGUCAAAUUCACAGCAGCAAGCCCCGCGACCGCCGGCUUCCAAUCCUCCUGCAUUUCGUGCUCGACCGCCUAGAUCAGCUCUCACUCGCCGACCAUCUGUCACAGGGGUGGCACUCACAAACCCUGUUACUGGCGGAGCGAAAGCUCAGAGGACGUCCAAAACCACCCAGAAACUCGUCGUACUGCCCUCUGCGCCCCAGACAAAACCCAUCCCACUCGAGGCGGAUGAGGAUGCAGAGCAGCUACUCGGGUAUGAGACGGACCAAGGGGUUCGCGAACACAAGAGCGCAGGGGAGCGGAUGAGCAAGGAGGAGAGGGAGAAGGCGGGGUUUGGGCGGAUAACUGCGUACUGCAUCGCGGAGGGCUUCAAGAUGAAGCUCCUCGCUAGCUUCCUGAAGCGCGAGCACAACGUGAAGCCUCGCGUAUAUGACGAGGCGAUGUACGUCAUGUACCACCUCCCUCUACUGCCCGGGUACGGCCCAGGGUCCAACAUUCGAUCCUCUGCACCUGCUGUAACUCCAGGCAAUGAGGACCCCAGUUCCGGGCUUUCUGAAGCGGAGGAAGAUGGAUAUCAAGGCACGUACUUCAAUUCCGAGGAACAUCAGGAGUCCGCUACGCAGAUAGAAGGCUAUAUGCCCUCCGCGUCCCCCGUCAUGGCGACACACGGCAUGGCUGUCGGUAGCCCGGAGCAGCUCCAGAGCGCUGCGCUGGAGCAAGCGCGCGCAUCUGGGCAGAUACCCAUUGUGGUCACUACGGAGGAACGCGAGCACGAACCAUCCAGGAGCGAGAACCUACGACCCAGGAGAAUCAGCAAACGGAAAACCAAGUCUGAGGCGGAGAACUUCGCCGAAGCCAUUUUCUUUGACUACGGCGUGGUCGUCUUCUACGGUUUCCGGGAAGACCAGGAGCUCGGUAUCCUCGAGGACGUCGAGGAGGCCGGUGUCAUGCUUAGGAAGAUCCCGCAUGACGAUUGGGAGGUGGAGGCAUGUCAUUAUGCGCACGACCCUAACAUCGCGUUUCCGCGUAUAUUCAACGACUUCUUCACCUUCAAGACCCAUUCACACCUCCUCCAGCUCUCCGUCGCACACGCUCUCGCGCAGUCGACAUUACUCGCCCACUACGAGACACUCGCGCAUCGCAUCCUCUCCGCCCCGUCUACACGCUCGAUCCCGACUCAGCUAGCGCUCACAGGCGUGCUCGCUCUGCCACGCAAGGACGCGUUGAAACUCACUGGACGCCUGUUCACGCUGCGUCGGGACGUGAAUCUCGUCAGCAACGUGCUCGACGUGCCCGAGCUGUUCUGGGACGAAGCGAGUCUGAAGGCGUUAUACGACGCUGUGCGCGAGUAUAUGGAGAUCGGGCCGCGCGUGCAGGUCAUGAACGAGAAGAUCGCGGUCGCGGAGGAUCUGCUGAGCGCGAUACACGAUCACCUGAACACGAACGCGAUGGAUCGCAUAACAUGGAUCAUCAUCUGGCUUAUCGUGGUCGCGUGCCUGGUGGAAGCGGGCGAAGUCAUCGCACGGCUGAUCGUACACGCGACAAUGGGCUCAGGGUCUACGCCGUCGCCUGAGCAGAUCCUCGCGAGCAUGUCGCGCGACGAGGCGCUGGCUGCUCUGGAUCGCAUCGCGCGUGGACCUUGAGGGUGCAGCGGAGAUGUCGACCGCCCUAUUACCGCAGCUUAGGCAGGCACCGCACUGUUACUACUCGUCGCAUAGUAUGAGUGGACCAGCGCGGACUUUAGUCUCCCUUGGAUGCACGUGCACGGUACAUGAAUUCUGGGAAUAUCGCG